AUGUCUUCACUUUAUUUUUGUCCCCUUUGUAAAAAUCGUCCACCAUUUAUUACAUUUAUAAAUCUUUAUAAACAUAUUCGUUCUAUUCAUCGAAAUGAUGUACCUUUCAAUAUCCGUUGCUUACUAAAUCCUGGUUGUGGCUCGACUUAUACGACUUUUGAAAGUUAUCGUAGUCAUCUGAACCGAUAUCAUCAUGAUCUAUUAAAUAAUUAUGAUAUACCAGCUGAUUUUACAUUGAAUGAAAAUGAACAAUUAUUAUCAUUCUCGUCAUCAAAUUCAAAUAUUAAUCAAGAUGACGAAGAUGAACGUAUUGUUGGACAAGAAAGUUCAGAUGAGGGUGAAUCAGAGACGUUGGAAGAUACAAAUAUAAAUGAAAAUCUUAUUGAUUGGUCAUUAUUCACAGAUUUAACCAAUACAGAAGAUCAUAAUAAGGAGUUUACUUUCAGUUCAUUUGAAAAACAUUACACUCAUUUCCUACUUAAUUUACGUGAAGGACAUUUAUUACCACAAGGCAUCAUUAAAUCAAUCACAUCUUAUUUCACAACUAUGCUGGACGCAUUAUUUAAACUAAUCGAAAAUCAAGCAAUACAAUCAUCAACAAAUCCAUUAAUCUCAUUAGUUGAUAUAGGAAAAGUAAUAUUACAAAUAAAAAACUUAAUAUAUGAUAUUUCUAAAAACGACUAUCAAUUCCUGAAACGCUGUACAGAUUAUUUUGGAUACACAGAGCCAUUAAAAAUUGAACUAGAUGAUAAAAAUAAUUGUGGUUAUUAUGUUCCAAUUGAAAGAAGUAUUCAGAAUUUAUUGAACAAACCAGAUGUUAUUAAUUAUUUAAUUGAUAAUGUGAAUAAUAAUAUAUCACAAACGAAGAAUGAUCCUGAUUUGAUGUUAACGUACCGAGACGGUACUGCAGCAAAAGACAAUCCUUCAUUAAAACUUCAUCCUAAUUCAUUUUUAAUUCAACUCUAUUCAGACGGAAUUGGAAUAACAAAUCCCCUAGGUCCAAAAAAGGACAAACAUAAACUUACUUUAUAUUAUUUCCUUUUAGAAGAUUUACCAGAUUUUGUAAAAUCCAUGUUGCAAUCGAUUGGUCUAGUUGGAAUAUGUCCGACAAAAUUUUUAUCGAUACAAACAAAUCGUAUGAAAUUUUUUGAACCUAUUAUAAAAGAUUUGAAUCAUUUACAAACAACUGGUUUAGUUGUUCAAACAUUCAAUGGACGAUUACAUUUUGCAUUUAGCUUAUUCGCAGCUGACAAUCUUGCUUCUCAUGAAAUUGGCGGAUUUCAACAAAAUUUUAAUUCGGGACAAUUUUGUCGAUUAUGUCACAUUUCUUAUAAAUUCAGAUUGAUUCCAUUAACAGAGAUUUCAUUUCUACCACGCACAGUAACUACACAUGGUUCAUAUGUUCAACAAGCUGUAAACUUGUUUAAUACAAGACCUGUUGCUGGUGUUGUAGGCGAAAGUCCUUUGUCCAAAUUGAUUGCUUUUCAUGCAAUCAAAUCUUUGCCAAAUGAUUUGAUGCAUGAUUAUGCGGAGGGCGUGUGCCCGCUCAUAGUUUUAGCUAUGUUAAAAGAAGUCUCAGCGAAACGUCUCAUGACAUAUAAUCAAAUAGAACAAAAAAUUCAUACAUUUAGUUACGGAAUGAAUGAUCAGGUGAAUAAACCGCCCACAAUUCGUGCAACACAUCUUACAAAUAAUAAUAUAAUUGGUUCAGCAAGCCAGAAACUAUGCUUAUUUAAAUUAAUGCCAUUCAUAUUUCACGAUGUCAUUGAUCAACUAACAAAUACGUUAGAUAUUUAUACUUGCCUACGUGAAAUAAUUAGUUAUACUUACUCAAUAAAAUUCAGAAAAUCUUGGUUAAUGUACUUUCAAUCGUUAACAAUACGUUUUCAGUCGUUAAUGGCUCAUCAUUUACCCGAUCUCAUUAUACCGAAAAUUCAUUUUGUCACUGAGUAUCUGAGAACAAUUAAUGCAAAUGGACCAGCAACUCGUUUUUGGUGUAUGCGGUUUGAAGCAUUUACUCUUGCCAAAAGACAUCAACUUCGACAAUGUCUAAUGUUAUCCAAUAAGAAUUAUUAUAAUAUAUGUACUGAGAUAACAUUGUUAAAAACCAUCCAAUAUUCUUCAUUACCAAUACCUGUUCAACGUUUAUUAACAGAAAAUAAUAUUAAUCAAAACAUAUUUGAUGAAUGUAAAACAAUUUAUUACAAAAAUGUUAUGAUGAUGAGACAAUCAGUAUUUGUUGAAAGAUUAGUUGAUGUAGAAGAAGAACCAUAUUUUGUUUCUAUCCUGUAUUUCUUGAAAAUACAAAAUAUUUGGAAAGCAGUUGUUGAACAUUUACAAGUGAUAGGAUUCAAUGAAACACUUUGGGCAUACGAGAUCGAAUUUUGUAAAACAUUCGAUCUAUUAGACUUGGAUCAACUUCUACACAUUUUGCCUCAUGGGCUAGAUAUUUAUUAUGUUCAAGGUUCUGCUUAUGUUAAUGUUUUAUCUCAAGAGGAAAUCGAUGGAGCUACGUUAGCAAGAUUGCCAUACGAUGAAGUACGUACAUUAUUUCCAAAAUUAAAAGAUCGAGUAUUAUUCACUGAAAAACGUGAUUUAUUGAUCAAACAAUGGAAUAAUAUUGUAAAUGAACAAUUAGACGAUGGAGAUAUUUUGAAUCAAUCUAGCAAACAAACAUUUGAUACAUGCACGGCAUCACAAUCAACAACUUCAACACAAGAUUUGCUAAAUAAUCCAUCAUUAUCUAGUAACAAUAUGAAUGGUGACGAAUUUGAUGAAGCAUCAAAUAUCGAUGAUGAGGUUAAUCAUGAUGAAACUGAUGAUUUAGAAGAACCUCAUCAGAAUUUGCCAACUGAUUUUGCAUUUUCAUCACUACCAGAAGAAAUACAAGUGAUUAUUGAUGAGAAUGAGUUAAUGAAACUCCGUGGACAUACAAAUCAUAGACGAAUACUGCUCAACUUUGUGUUUAAAGCUGUUGCUACCACAUAUAAUUUAUUAUAUCCUAAAGCAAAUGAUUAUUUUUUAAUUACACAAGCUUUGCUCAAAGCAUUAAAUAUUUCAACAACAGAUGCAAAUGCAGCUAAUGAAUGGCGAGAAGCAGUAAAACAGAAGUUCAAAAAUGAACGUCGACUUUUACAAAACACAUCUGCAGUAGUACAGAGAAAAAAAGAAAAAUUUGGAAAAGGUUCUGGACGCUUUGCAAAAAAAAGUGAAGCACUAUCUGCUGAACGAAAAUCUGAUAAAAUGAUUUAUGUUAGUACUAUUAUGGAUGAAAGUGAUGUUGAACAAUUAAUCAUAACAAUGAACGAAGGUAUUGAAAAUGAAACAAUACAUAACGAUGAAUUAAUUACAUUAUGGAAAAAAACGUUUGGUUAUCGUCGGUCAUUCAUUCGUUCACACACAAUUAAUGAAAUACUAGAGAAAUUUCCCGGUUAUUCAUAUACACAUUUCAUGUUUGAAGAAGUCAAAAUGAUCGAAAACAUUGAUAUUGAACAGAAUGUAAAUGAAAUUUUACCACGUUUAUUUGAUAAAUUACCGAAUAAUUCAUUAUUUGUUAUGGAUUUGUUACCAAUUCGUGUAAUAAAAUUAUUAUGUAAACAAUUUAAUCAAUCCAUCAGUCAUAUAUUAGUUGAUAAUGAGCCAAUUGUUCCAUCACCCUGUAUUAAAGUUACGAAUGAAAAAUUUGAAUUAUAUCUCGAUUGGAAAUUAAUUAUAAGAACGACAAGUCCUACAACAGCAUUAGCAUUAUUAUUAUCGUUAUAUAAUGUAUUUGCAAUUAAGUUUGCUAAAAACAAUCAUACUUCUCAUUUACUAUAUGGUGUAUUUUUUCAAAAUGGAGAUGAACUUGGUAAAAAUCUACGAAUUAUAUUAAAUUCAUGGCAUUUCACAUUCGAAGAUCGAAUAAAACAUUCUCAAAUUCAAGCAACAAACGUUAUCGAUUCUGUCAAUAUGCCAUCCACAUCGAAUUUACAGAUUCAUUCUACAUCAGCAACAACGACAGAAAUUAUUCAAUCAUCUAUAAUAUUGAACAAUAAAGAAAAUCAAUCACCUACAUCACCACAAUCAAUUCCAUUAAUAAUAGACGAACAAGAAGAACAACAACCGUCUGAUAAUCCAUUAAUGCAAGAGCAUGAACCUGAACAAAUGGAUAUUGCUAUUGAGACACCAUCAAUCUCGUCCAUAUCUUCAAGAAUCAAAACAAAAUCUAACACAAAAACAAAAUCUCGUACUUCUCCGAAUUCUCUAAAUUCAGCAUUGAGAGAUGCGACAAACAAAGAAGAAACAUCAUCUGCAUUAGCCAAGAACAAAAAAAGAAAACUGCCACCAUCACCACAACAACAACAACAACGAAAACAGUCAUCACGUUUAAUAGCUAAAAGAAGUCGACAAGACGAUUCUUCUUUUUAA